UUUGAGUUCAUUAAUAUGUAAUCAAUCACUGUCAUUAAAAAAUGCUUAAUUGUACUCCGUAGAUUUUACAAUAAGGGAUUUUUAAUCCCUAAAAAGACUAUACAAGCUGUAUUAAUUGAAAUGUGUAUUCUCUAUAGGUAGGUGGUUCUGAUUCCGAGUAUAAUAUAUUAAAAUCGGUCGAAUGUUAUCAUCCCAGUCUUGAUAAAUGGACACCAGUUGCAGACAUGCGCGUACAACGAAGUGAAGUGGGUGUUGGAGUUUUAGAUGAUGUACUGUAUGCUGUGGGUGGUUGGGAUGAUACUCAGGUUUGGAGUAGUGUUGAAGCAUACAGACCAAGUACUGGAGUUUGGUCUACUAUUCCGGACAUGCAUUCGAGUCGAAUUGGUGCUGGUGUAGCUGUAUUAGGUGGUUUAUUGUAUGUCAUCGAUGGUGGCGACGGAUUUAAUUUUUUAGAUUCUGUAGAAUCUUACAACCCUAAAACUCUUAAAUGGACCAUGCUUACAGCGUCAAUGAAUGUUUCUAGGGCAUUUGCAGGAGCUGUAGCCAUUGAUAUGGCAAGAUAUUUUAAAACUUGUUAGCAUUCAUGACUUUUUUUUUUUUUGAUUCAAUAAACACUAAUUUCUCAUUUUGUAAAUAAUAUCUUUAUUAUUUUUCUAUUAAUUUAAAGUGUUUGAAUGUUUUAUGAAAAGGUUUUUCGUACUUACACUAUAAAUAGAUGGCCUAUGAUAGACAAAUUAAAAAAAAAUAAUGAUUAAAAUGUAUAAAUAUAUAGAUUCGACUAAAUAACACUUAAUAUUACGUGAAUAAUAAGUAAAAACUAUUCCAUCUCUAAUUGUUUACACAAGGGUAAGUUCAAGAAAAAUGAAUAAUAAUUUUGUAUUGCCACUCCGUUAUUCCCUAUAUUUAUGAUGACCAGACGUUCUUAUUUUAUAAGGACAGUACUGUUUUUUGUUAACUUGUCCUACUGUCCUAAAUAAAUGGUCGAAGUACACUUAAAUGUAAUUAUUUUUAAUAAUUUAAUAAUUCCAAAUGGACUUUUGAAAAAUCACAACUAGAAAUAUCUUCAUUAAAAUCAAUUAUGCAGGUUUACUAACUUUGAUGAAUCGUGUCAUGAAAUGUUUAAUAUGUUGAAA